GUAAACCAUUGUAACUGAUUCUGGUAUCUAACACCCUGCAUCCAUAUGGGCGCCACAUGGUCCAAUCAGGUCACUGUCCCAAUUAUAGUUGAUUCCCAGUCAUGCCUCCCCAGGUGCAGGCUGAACAUCCUUGACUUCCAAGGGAAAAUAUGUUGUUAUGGCUAUACAUCCCAUACUGUCUCCCCUCCACCCCACCCCACUCCUGAUCCACCGCUGUGGCAGCCCUGAAGAUUCCAAGUUAAAGAUGGCUCCAGGGCUGACACUACGCUUUCCAGCUGAUAAGCUCAGCAUCUUUAACCACUGAGCCAUCGUGCCCCCCCAUUUCUUUUUUAGCGACCAUAAAUGGAACCAACAACUUGGUUGUUAAACAAACUGGUUACUAAGUAAAAUUGCAACUAUGCUUCAGCUUUCCUUUGCUUUGCACAUAUGCAAAGGUUGUAAAUACAAGGAUUGCUUAUAAAGUUACUUUUUCUUCACUGCCAUAAUUGCAAAUGGUCGAGGCAGUCGCUAAAUGAGGACUACCGCACCUACCAGUUAAACUCCAUCUAUCUUGCAGUAACUCUGAAGCUGAACUACCUGCUCUGUAGAAGCAAGCAGAAAAGUUAAUUUCCAGAAUUGUUUUUCUGAUUAGGAUUUUAGUCAUUCUAUACUUCACCAUUUCAUGAUGCCAUCUCAGAGUAGCUUACAGUAUGAAUAAUAAAAAGGAAAAUAGAAAGUUUUUUAAAGAAAAAAAAACACUACAAACAAAUAUAAGGUUCACCCAUGCAAAAUUCAAUAGAUCCAAAUGUUUAAACAGAAUGCUAUAAAAACCAUUAGUACCUCAGGUGUUUGAUUCUAUUUUGCAGAACAAUUUGUGUUAUAUUCAAUUUAUUUCCCUCCUAAAACUGUUUCUCUUUAGGACCAGUGAGAACUCUAGUUUGUGGUCAAGUUAACUUCCUUUUUUCUAGCCAUUUGUUCUUCAAACUCACUUGUGGGUAGGUGUGGAUGAAGAAAACAAGAAACCAUGAUCAAAGUCAUUUCCUGCUCUUAUCUCUGCCACGCUGAACUAAGAGAUCAAAUGACUUUUAAUGGCACUUGCAGAGAGGACAUAGGUGAGCAUUAGCCCCACCCUCUUCAUCUAGGAAAUUACUGCUUUUGCAUCAAAAGCAAAGCAAAACUGUCCUAGUGAAAAAUCUAAGGGGGAAAACCUGAUGAAUUUGGCACCAAAGUUUCAGAGCCAGUCGGCCACCAAACUCCACAUUGCCAGCAUCCUUACCUCUUCCCGCCUGGAUCAGCCCCCGGACUGGCAGGGCGUCCUUUUCAAGAAAAAUAACCGCACCGCUUCCUAUCAGCACUGCUGGUGUGAGCUCAGAGGAAAUCUUCUUAUCUGCAGGGAACAGCCUGGAGACCGGGGUCCUUGUCACCUCAUUGUGUUAGAAGGCUGUAGGGUGGAAUUGCAGGAAUCCACCACGGAACCUCAUACUUUUAAAAUCUGCUACCCCGAUGACUUGCCUGACCAGUCCUAUAAGAUGGCAGCUGAGGAUCAAGAGACCAUGGAAAACUGGAUGCGAGUUCUGAGCAUGGCGGGAUUCGAGAACCUCAGAGCGUUGGUUACCGAGUUAGAAAGCCAAUUUCACCAGUUGAAGAGCCAACAGUACUCUAAGGAAGAAGCAAGCUGCAAGGCAACAGAAAGAAGAUUCUCCGACAUGGAUUUCGCUUGCCUCCAUCAGGAAUUUGGGAAGGAUGUCAAUGAGGCUAGGAAAAAGUGGCAGGAGGGAAAGAGGAAGCAUGUCCCAGCACGGGAGAAUUUGAUGCAUUUUAUAUAGGACAACCAGCAAUCUCCAAACAUUUGGCUGUGACCGAAUUUGGAGGCAGCCAAUUUCAGUUUCAGUGGAGUCAGUGUCAGUGAAAAAGAUAAUUCUUGUUUCAAAAUAUUGGUUCUUCUUUAAACACUUUUAAUAAAUGCAUCUUCGGAAAAAGUUGGGAGCCGGGUUUGUUUGUUUGACUGAAAUGCAGCAGCGUUCAAGAAGAACGAGAUCUCUUCUUAGGAAAGGGACAUUUGUGGGUUUCUUAUUGUGGGUUUUAUUUACACCAGUGUCUAGUGAACGAAAUCAGAACGAAUCCAGAACAAAAGAGUGGUUCCCCGCCAGGAUCUUUUCCAACAAGGGUCAAAAUACUGAUUUCCAGUGAGGCAGGAGGGGGAUCCACAUAUAUUGCAGCCUGAUCUAUACUAGACCGCAGGGGCCUAUUACUAACAAAAAUGACCACAGCAUCAGCCCUGAAGCCAUUUUGGGAGCAUCUUCAGGGCUGCCACAGCCAGGCAUGUUGAAGCUGUGGGGAUGUGGGCGGGGGGAGGUAAGAGAAAGCUGAGGGGGAAGUGUAGUCAAAAUAACAUUCUUCCCUGUGGGAGCCAAGGACACUGUACCAGGUGUUGGAAGGGCGUGAACAAGAGCCAGCCGGAGCUGGGACUCUGACCUGAUGGAACUAUGGGAUAGACUUGUGACCUGGGGGCAAGAACAUGGGGUUUUGAUUUGGGUGGGGAAAACUCCCGGUCCUUCAGAGUUGAAUCUUCACCAGCUGUGCCAAUAUGAUAUUCCUAAUAAAUUUACACUGAGGAAAUUUUAGGCCUCAAGAGUUAUGAUUGCUUUGAGUCUGUUACUGGGAAACCUGAUACAUAGAUUCCUAAAUGUAUGCUUAGAAUAAAGCAUGGAAUCCAGUCUUGAAAAAAAGGCUACCUAUACUGUUUUUUGUUAUCUGAUACUAUCCAGACAGCUGGGGCUACAACUGACAACUUCUAGCCAGGAUAGCCACCAGGGUGCAGAGAUGCUAAUUAAACAUGUAUUAGCGAUAGCGAUAGCACGUAAGACUUAUAUACCACCCCAUAGUGCUUUUACAACAUUCUCUGAUUGGUUUACAAAUGUCA